AUGCUUCAACUGCAUGAAUCUGCUGCCACAGUGCAAUUCUGUGAUUUAAAUGGUGACCUUCAGCGUGCUCCAGCAUGGUCGAAUAAAGAACAGGUAAGCUACAAGCUCUUCAAGCCAAGUUCCAGUUCAAGCGUUCCAGUCAUAUUCACUUUCAAGCGUUCAUUCAAGCAGCUCAAGCUCUUUUCAAGUGAAAGCAUUUCCUCAUGCAGUUCCAGCAGUUCAAGUAGUUCAAUCUCAAGCAGUUCUAGCUCGAGCAGCUCAAGUUCAAGCAGUUCUAGCUCGAGCAGCUCAAGUUCCAGCAGUUCUAGCUCAAGCAGUUCUAGUUCUAGUAGUUCAAGUUCAAGCAGCUCUAGUUCUAGUAGUUCUAGCUCAAGUAGUUCAAGUUCCAGCAGUUCUAGCUCGAGCAGUUCUAGCUCAAGCAGUUCUAGUAGUUCAAGUUCCAGCAGUUCUAGCUCAAGCAGUUCUAGUAGUUCAAGUUCCAGCAGUUCCAGCUCAAGCAGCUCCAGUUCCAGCAGUUCUAGUUCUAGUUCAUCAAGCAGUAGUUCCUCAAGCAUUAGCAGUUCCUCAAUCAGUAGCAGUUCUUCAAGCAGUAGCAGUUCCUCGAUUAGUAGAAGCUUAUCAAAUAGCAGUAGUAGCUCCUCAAGUAGCAGCAGCAUCUUCAGUAGCAGUUCCUCAUGUAGUAGUAGUUCCUCGAGCAGCAACAGUUCCCCAAGGAGUGGCAGUUCCUCAAGUAGCAGCAGUUCCUCGAGCAAUAGCAGCUCCUCAAGCAGCAGCAGUAGUAGUUCCUCAAACAGCUGUAGUAGGUCAUCGAGUUCAAGUAGUGGCAGUUCCUCAAGCAGUAAUAGUUCCUCAAGCAUUAGCACUUCAAGUAGUAGCAGUUCCUCAAGCAGAAGCAGCUCUUCAAGUAGUGGUAGUUCUCCAAGCAGUAGUAAUGUUUCAAGCAGAAGUAGCUCCUCAGGCAGUAGCAGUUCCCCAAGCAGUAGCAGUUCCUCAAGCAUUAGCCACUCAUUAAACAGAAGCAGUUCCUCAAGCAUUAGCUGCUCCUCAGGCAGUACCAGUUCCUCAAGCAUCAGCAGUUCCUCAAGAAUUAGCCGCUCCUCUGGCACAGCACCAAGGCUUUCCCCAACAUUACCCAUUGGAGCACAUUUCCCAAGAAAACUUUUCCCCAACAUUGCCACCCCUCGGCAGAAGUUUCCCCAAAUUUUUCAGUUCGCGCUUUCCCCACCCUCAGCAAAGUUCCCAGCAUUCCCAUUUUCAGGAGGCCAUUCCAGCAUUCAGUUCCCCAACAUUCCCCUAAAGCAGCUUAAUUUCCCCCCCCAAGCAUUAGCUUUAAAGGCAUUACCCAUCCUCGGGCACGGGUUCCCCAACAUUAGAUUCCCCAAGCUUGCCACUCCUCGGAACCCCCAAGAGUUCUCAAGCAUUAGCCACUCCUCAGGCACCAUUUUCCCCAAGAUUAGCGGGCAGCAGAUUCCCCCAAAGCUUAGCAUUUCGCAGAUUAGCCACUCCCAGGACAGUUCCAAGAUUAGAUUCCCCAGCGCAUCUCAAGCCCACCCCCAGCAGAGCCCAGUUAGCCACUCUCGGCAGCAGCAGUUCCCCCAAGCUUACAGUUCUGAAAGUUACCCAAAUCCUCAGCAGCAGCAUUUUUCACCAAGCAUUAGCCACUCCUCGGGGCAGCAGCAGUUCCCCAAGAUUGAGUUCCCCAAGUUACCACCCCUCAGGAGCCAGUUUCCAAGAUUAGCAUUCCCCAAGCAUUACCCCCGGGGGGUUUUUGCAAGCUUUAGCCCUCCUAGCAGCAGCGGCAUUCCCCAAAAACCCCCAAAAAUUAGCCACUCCUCGGCGCAGCAAGUUUCCCCCAACAAAGAAAUUCUGCAAGCAUUGCCAUCCUCGGGCAGCAGCAAAUUCCCCCAAGCAUUUAAGCUUCCCCCCGGGAAACUUUUCCCCAAAGGCAGCAAAGCAUUCUCCAGCAAGCAGUUCCCAAAAGGAUUUGGUUCGGCAAGAUUCCACUCCUCAGGCAGCCAGUUCCCCAAGUUCUUUAGCAUUCCCCCCGGGGCCAUUAAGUUUAUUCUCAAGCUUGCCACUCUCAGGCAGGCUUUCCCCCAAUUCCCCCAAGCAUUAGCAUUCUGCAAGCUUAGCCACCCUCAGCCGCAGUUCCCCAACAUUAGCCACUCCCUCAGGCAGCAGCUUUUUCCCCAAAGGGUUUCCACUCCUCCGAGCACCAAAAUUCCCCCAAAAGAUUACCACCCUCGGCACAGCAGUUCCAAUUCCCCCCAAGCAUUAGCUUCCCGAAAGCAUUACAUUCCCCAAGCAUUAGCCACUCCUCAGCAGCCCAUUCCCCACCCUUACCCCAUUCCUAAAGCGACCAUCCCCCAAGCAUUUCCCAACAUUAGCCAUCCUCGCAGGGUUCCCAAGUUUAAAGCCCUCCCCUCACAGCAGAUUCCCCAAGAUUGCAUUCCCGCAGAAGCCCUCCUAGCAGGGCUUUCCCCGAUUACCCAUCUCAACGAAAAGGGCCCCCCCAAGUUUACAUCUGCAAACAUUACCCACUCUCGGGCCCCACAAGUUUCCCAGCUUGCAUUCGGGAAGAUUAGCCACUCCUCAGGAGACAGUUCCCCAAAAUUAGCCAUUUCUGCAAGAUUAGCCACCCAGGACGAGUUCCCCAAGCUUAGCUUCUGCGCUUUAGCCACUCCUCGGCAGCAGCAUUCCCCCAAAGGAUUAGCGUUCUGCAGCGCAUUUCCAAAGUUAGCAUCGGCAGCUUACCACUCCUCAGGCCAUCAAGUUCCCCCAAGAUUAGCAUUUUGCAAGCUUUUAGCCCCCCCUCAGGCAGCACAGUCCCCAAGAUUAGCAUUUCCCAAGAUUAGCCCUCCUCGGCACAGAGUUCCCAAGAAAAUUAGCAUUCUGCCUUUAGCCACCCUCAGGCGCAGGCAAGAGUUCCAAAGCAUUAGCGUUCUGCAAGCAUUGCCACCCCUCACAGCGCAGUUUCCCUUAAGCAUUAGAGUUUCAGCAUUCCACCCCUCGGGCAGCAGAGUUCCCCAAGCAUUGCCCAUCCCGGGCAAGCAGUUCCAAGCAUUACCACUCCUCAGCAGCCCAUUCCCCAAAUUAGCCCCCUGGCAGCACAUUCCCAAGCUUGGUUCUCUUGCAUUCCCCAGCACAGCCCCCCCUAAAAGGAUUCGCAAGCAUUACCCCUCUCAGGCAGGGCCCCAGUUCCCCCAAGCAAGCAUUCCCCAAGAUAGCCACCCUCAGCAACAUUCCCCCAAAUUAGCAUUUUCCCAAGCUUACCACUCCUCAGGCACAGGCUUCCCUGCAAGCUUAGCCACUCCUCAGCAGCGCAUUUUCCCCAAAGCACGAGUUCCCCCAAGUUUAGCAUUUUGCAGCAUCCACUCCUGGGCAGCAGCGCCCCCAAGAUUGCAUUCGCAAGCUUGCCACCCCUCGGGCAGCCAGUUCCCCAAGCUUUUAGCCUCUGCAAACCUUAGCCACUCCUCGAGCCCGUUCCCCAAGCAAAUUUUUAGCCACUCCUCGGCAGCGCAGUUCCCCCAAGCUUACCCACUCCUCAGGCAGAAAGAGUUCCCCAACAUUGCCACUCCUCAGCCGCACAGUUCCCCAACUUUACCCACUCUUGCCACCAGAAAACAGCAGUUCCCCAAAAUUACCCCUUCUCCGGCCAAGCCCCCAAGAAAGUUCCCCAAGCUUAGAUUCUGCAAGUUUUACCACUCCUCGGCAAAGAGUUCCCCAACAUUAUAUUCCCCCCCUUUGGGCAAGUAUUUAGCCCCAAAUCCUAGAAGGCAUUUCCCCCAAAGCAUUGCCACUCCUCAGGCAGCGGCCCGGGGUUCCCCAAGCAUUGAUUUCCCAAAAAUUAGCCAUCCUCGGGCAGAGCAGUUCCCCAAAAAAUUGCCACUCUUCCAAAAACCCAGAAAAGCAGUUUCCCCAACAUUAGAUUCUGAAAGUUGCCACUCCGAGCCCAAAUUUUUAAAUUACCACUCCUCAGCACGGGGUUCCCCAAGCAUUGCCCCUAGCAGAGCGUUCCCCAUUAGCUUAGUUACCCUCGGCAGCACAUUCCCCGCAAGGGAAAUUAGCCACCCCUCGGCACAAGUUCCCAAGAUUAACCCACCCCCCAUUAAAAAGCCAUUCUCCCCACAGCAGUUCCCCAAGCUUGGGUUCUGCAAAAGUUCCCCAAGCAUUAGCAGUUCCCCAAGCAUUAGCUUCCCAAGAUUCAUUCCAAGAUUAAGCCACCCCUCGGCAGCUUUUUCCCCAAGCUUUUUGCCACCCCUCAGCCAGCUUUCCCCCAACAUUACCCUCCUCAGGCAGAGCUUCCCCAAAAUUAGCAUUUCGAAGAUUACCCCUCCUCCCAGGCAGUUAAGAGCACAGUUCCCCCAAGCCUUAGCCCUCCCCCGGGCGCAAGUUCCCCAAGCAUUAGCCCCCUCCUCAGCAGCCCAGUUUCCCAAGCUUCCCCACUCCCCGGGGCAGAGCAUUUCCCCAAAAUUAGCGUUCCCAAGCUUAGCCACUCCCGGGGCCAGCAGCGUUCCCCAAGAUACCCCCCCUCGGCCCGGGCUUCCCAAGCAUUCCCCCCUUCGGCAACGUUCCAAGUUUGGUUCUAAAACUUUAGCCAUUUUCCCAGCAGCAAUUCCCAAAUUAGCUUCCAAGCUUUGCCACUUGCCAGGCCCAAGCAUUAAGUUCCCAAGAUUACCAUCCUCAGCGAAAGUUCCUAAGCUUAGCCACUCUCGCCAGUUCCCAACAUUAGCCCCUAAAGGCAUAAGUUCCCCAAGCUUACACUCCCAGGCCACAGUUCCCAAGCAUUCCCAUCCUCGGAGCAAUUCCCCAAGCUUUACACAGCUCCAAAAGCAUUGCCACUCCUCGGGCAGGGGGAUUCCCCCAAGAUUAGCCCCAACUUGCCCUCAGGAAAAGCAUUUCCCCAAAGCUUGCCACUCCCAGGCAGCAAAUUCCCAACUUUACCCCCUCGGCCAAUUUCCCAAGCUUAAAAGGCAGCAGAAUUUUCCCCAGCUUGCCACUCCCGGGCCCAAACAGCAUUUCCCACAGAGCAUUUCCCCAAGAUUCCCUCCUCAGCGGAGAGUUCGAAGCAUUAGCCACCUAGCCCAUUCCCCAAGCUUCCACUCCUCGGCAGCAGGUUCCCAAGAUUACCCAUUCAAAAAAGGGGCCCCAUUAGCCCCCCAACAGAUUUCCCAAAGCUUUAGCCAUCCUGGAGCAGCAUUCCCCAACUUUACCCUCCCGCACACAUUUCCCCCAAGCUUAGCCCUCCUCAGGCAGCAGAAGUUCCCCAAGAUUAGCCCCUUCCCCAGCAGCAUUCCCAAGCUUACAUCCCCCAAAAGGCUUUGCCCUCCUCAGCAGCAGAGUUCCCAAGCAUUACCCUCCUGGGGCAAGCAGUUCCCAACAUUAGCAGUUUUAACAUUAGCCCUCCUCACGCAGCCGGAAGCAUUAGCCACCCCCCUCACCAGCGGUUUUCCCCAAGCAUUAGCCCUUCACGGAGUUCCCCAAGCAUUAGUUUUUUGCAAGAUUAACCCUCCUGGGACAGCAUUUCCCCCAAGCAUUAGCCACUCCUCAGCCAGCAGCAGUUCCCCAAGCAUUACGUUCCAGUUUAGCCACCCUCAGGCAGCAAUUCCCAAGCUUAGCCCCCGGGCCCUCCUCGGCAGCACCCGUUCCCCCAGCAAGCAGUUCCAAGAUGCCCCCUCAGGCACAGCAGUUCCCCAAACAUUAGCAUUUCCCUCCAAAGGCACCGUUCCCCAAGCUUUAAAGCCCCUCCUCAGGCAACAGUUCCCCCAAGUUUGGGCCCCUGCGGGCAGUUCCCCAAGCAUUAGCGUUCUGAAGAUUACCCAUCCUCGGGGGCCCCCGCAAGCAUUCCCCAAGAUUAGCAGUUCCCCAAGCAUUGCAUCCUCAGGCCGCAUUCCCCCAAGUUUAGCCUCCUGGGCAGGCGUUCCCCAAACAUUAGACCACUCCCCCCCGGCGCAGCAUUCCCAAGCUUUAAGCAGUUCCAACUUAGCCACCCCUCGGAGCGCACCCCCAAAAGAUUACCCCACUCCCUCAGGAGGGGCAGUUCCCAAGCUCCCACUCCCACAGGGCAGUUCCCCAAGCAUUAGCCACCCCUCAGGCAGCGGCAGUUCCCCAAGCUUAGCACCCUCAGCACGCGUUCCCCCCAAGCAUUGUCCAACUUCCAUUGGGCGCAGAAAUUUCCCCAAGCAUCAGCCCAACUCCUCCCAGCGGCAGUUCCCCAAGCUUAGCCCAAACUUCCCCUCAGGCGCGCAGUUCCCCAACAUUACCCCACCCAGGCCCCCCCACGGCAGUUCCCAAGCUUUGCCACUCCCCCCGGCAGCGGCUUUCCCCCAACUUUACCCCAUCCCAGGCAGGGCGUUCCCCGUUACCACUCCUCAGGCAGCCCGGCAGUUCCCAAGCAUUAGCAGGCGUUCCCCGCAUUACCCACUCCUCAGCAGCGGCAUUUUUCCCAGCUUGAUUCUAAAGCGGAAUCCCACAGGGCAUUUCCCCAAGCUUUUACCCUCCUCAGGCAGCGGCAGUUCCCCAAGCAUUAGCCACUCCUCAGCCACCUCCUCGGGCAGCGCAGCCCCAACAUUAGCCACUCCUCGGCGCGCAGUUCCCCAAGCAUUAGCCAUCCUGGGGGAGCAGCAUUCCCCAAGCAUUAGCCACUCCUCAGGCAGCGGCAGUUCCCCAAGCAUUAGCCACUCCUCAGGCAGCAGCAGUUUCCCCAAGCAGGAGUUCCCCAACUUAGCCACCCCUUUAGGCAGGGGGGCAUUUUCCCCAACAUUACCACCCCUCACAGCAGCAUUUCCCAAGCUUUACCCAAAUCCUCAGCCAUCCUCGGCAGCGCAGUUCCCCAACUUUAGCAUCCUCAGCAGGGCAUCCCAAGCUUGCUUUUCCCCAAGCUUAGCCCUCCUCAGGAGCGGCAGUCCCAAGCUUAGACCCCAAAGCAUUAGCCCUCCCCGGGCAGCAGAUUUCCCCAAGCUUUUGCCACUCCUCAGGCAGCGGCAGUUCCCAACUUUACACUCUGCAAGCAUUAGCCCCAUCCUCGGAAACAGCAGUUCCCCAAGCAUUAGCCCCCCUCAGCACGGCUUUUCCCCAAGAUUAGCAUUUCCCCCAGCUUUACCAAACCCCUCAGGCAGGGGCAUUUCCCCAAGAUUAGCCACCCCUAGGCAGCGGCAGUUCCCCAAAUUAGCCUCUGCAAGCAUUAGCCACCCCAGGCAGCGGUUUCCCCAACAUUACACCCCUAGGCGCAGCAUUCCCCAAGCAUUGCCUCCUAGGCAGCAGCAUUCCCAAGCAUUAGCCAUCCUCAGGGGGGUUCCCCCAAAGCUUAGAUCUCGGCAGCGCAGUUUCCCCAAACAUCCUCAGGCAGCAAAAUUCCCCCAAGCUUAUCCUCCCAGGCAGCAGGCCCCCCAAAGCUUUAGCCACCCCUCGGCAGCCAUUCCCCCAACCCUUUUUAACCCAACCCAGGCACCCAUUUCCCCCAAGCUUACCACUCCCAGGGCAGCCCCAGUUCCCCAAAGCAUUAGCCCCCCCUCAGGCCCCAAGUUCCCCAAAGCAUUAGCCCCUCCUCGGCAGCGGCAGUUCCCAACGCCAGUUCCCCACAUUAGCCACCCUCCUCAGAAGGGGCCCAGUUCCCCAAGCUUAGCACUCUGCAAGAUUAGCCACUCCUCGGGCACGAGUUCCCCAAGCUUGUACUCCUCGGGCAGAAGCAAUUUUCCCAAGCAUUACACCCUCAGGCACAGCAUUCCCAAGAUUACCCCUCUCAGCUUUAGCCACCCUCGGGGCAGCGCAGUUCCCCCAAGCAUUACCCAUCCUCGGCAGCGGGCAGCCCCCAAGAUAGGAUCCCCGGGCAAGCAGUUCCCCAACAUUCCCAUCCUCGGGAGAGCAUUUCCCCCAACAUUCCCACUCCUCAGGGAUUUCCCCAAGCUUUACCCAAUCCUCAGGCACGGCAGUUCCCAAUUAGCCCUCCUAGCAAAAAGAUUUUCCCAACAUUCAUCCUCGGCGCGAUUUCCCAACUUUAGCCCUCCCAGGCAGACAGUUCCCCAAGCAUUAGCCACUCCUCAGGCAGCAGCAGUUCCCCAAGCAUUAGCAGCUCUGCAAGCAUUAGCCACUCCUCAGGCAGCAGCAGUUCCCCAAGCAUUAGCAGUCCAUUGCCAAUCCUCCCAAGCGCAGUUCCCCAAGGGCAUUAGCCACUCCUCGGGCCGGGGCAUUUCCCCAACAUUCCACUCCUCGCAGGGGCAUUUCCCAAGCUUACCCAUCCUGGCAGCAAUUUCCCCAAGAUUAGCCUCCAAGUUACCCCACCCUCAGCAGCGCAUUCCCCCAAGCUUAGCCUCUGAAAGAUUACAUCCCAAGAAGCGUUCCCCAAGCAUUGCAUUCUGCAAAAGCAUUCCCCAAGCUUUAGCCCUCCUGGGGCAGGCAGUUCCCCAAGCAUUAGCCACUCCUCAGGCAGCGGCAGUUCCCCAAGCAUUAGCCCCCCUCGGGCGGGGCAUUUCCCAAGCUUUACCCAUCUCAAGCCAUUCCCCCCAAGCUUUACCCACUCCUCAGGAAAGGGCUUUCCCCAAAAGCAUUAGCGAAUUUUCUCUUAGCAGUUCCCCAAGCAUUAGCCACUCCUCAGGCAGCAGCAGUUCCCCAAGCAUUAGCAGUUCUGCAAGCAUUAGCCACUCCUCAGCCAGCAGCAGUUCCUCAGUCAUUAGGAGUUCCUCAAGCAUUAGCAGCUCCUCAAGAACUAGCUGCUCCUUAAGCAUAACAGGAAUAGCAGUAGCAUUUCAUCAGAGAUUAGCAGUUCUUCAAGCGGCAGGAGAUCCUCAAGGAGUAGUAUUUCUUCAAGCGGUAGCAGUUCCUCAAGCUAAAAGUUCCUCAAACAGAAGCAGCAGCCUCAGGAGCUUCUUAAGUAGUAGCAGUUCAUCGAGUUCAGGGAAGAGCAUUUCUUCAAGCAGUAGCAGUUCCUCGAGUAGUAGCAGCUCCUCAAAUAGUUGUAGUUCUUCAAGUAGCAGUUACUCCAUAAGCAUUAAUAGGAUAAAAUCUCACACCACUCAUAUACCCUGGAGCACCCUAAAGAUUAUCAGACCACCGAGGAACACAAAAUCACUCUAUGCACUUAAAAUUCAAACAGACAAACACCCGAGCUUGCCUGUGUCAUACUAA